AUUCCCGACAGCCUGGUCGCCAUGUCCGACGAAGAGCGGCGCGCCAUCGAGCGCCGCCUCGUCCGCAAAGUCGAUCUCGUGCUCCUGCCCAUCGUCGGUAUACUUUACAUCUUGAACUACAUCGACAGGCAGAACCUGGCAGUUGCAAAAUUGCAGGGAAUAAUGGAAGAUCUCAACCUCAGCACACAGCAGUUCGCCACAGCCAUCUCCAUCCUUUUUGUCGGAUAUAUCCCCUUCCAAUUGCCUUCCAACCUCAUCAUUUCGCGCGUGCCGCGCCCAGGACUAUACAUCUGCUCCGCCGUGGUCCUUUGGGGGAGCGUGAGCGCAUGCACCGCCGCCGUGCAAAGUUACGCAUCGCUCCUCGCCGUCCGCGUCCUCCUUGGCGUCACCGAAGCCGUCUUUUUCUCGGGCGUAGUAUACUUCCUCAGCGCAUGGUACACCAAAGCGGAGCUCGGCAAGCGCCUCGCUGCCCUCUUUGUGGCGCAGCAGCUUGGAAACGCCUUCGGCGGCCUCAUUGCUGCCGGUGUCCUCACCCUCGAUGGCGUUCACGGCAUCCGCGGCUGGAGGUGGCUCUUCAUUGUCGAGGGUGUGGCUACCGUAGGCAGCGGUGUCAUCGCAGCCUUCAUACUCCCCGAAUAUCCGCAUAAUGCGCGCGUCCUGAACCAGGUCGAGCGCGACCUCGCGGUCUACCGUCUUGAAUUGGAGGCCGGGGCGGCCGAGGCCCACGAUGACACGGGCACUUGGGCUGGAUUCACUAUGGCGCUCAAAGAUCCCAAAAUGUACGUCUUCAUCUUCAUGCAGAUGAUGGCGCAGGCGGCGGGCACGGUCACAAACUAUUUCCCCUCGCUAGUGCAAACGCUCGGAUUCGACAAAACCAUCACGCUUCUUCUCACCGCCCCGCCUUACAUCUUCGCGGGGUUCUUUUUCAUGAUUAUAACGUACUUCAGUGAUAAAUCCGGCAAAAUCUACAUAUUCAUCAUGGGCUGCAUCGCCCUCUCGCUCGGCACAUACGUCAUACCCAUUGCGACGCUCAACACAGGCGCCCGAUACUUUGCCAUGAUGCUAAUGCCCGCGGCGGCCGUCACCCCGCAAAUUCUUCUUUUCAAGCUACUCAACCUCCACUGCCCACGCCCGAUCGUGAAGCGCGCCGCCGGUGUCGCCCUCAUGAACUCGAUCGGCAACACGAGCAACAUUUGGGCCAGCUACCUCUACUACGCGCCGCCGCACUACUACGCCGCGUUCGGCACCAUGUGUGCUGUCGUCGUCGUGUUUGCUGUCGUCAUAACGCUGUAUGGCGUAUACGUCCGCCACCAGAACCGGCUGCUUGACGAGGGUGGAGACGCUGCUCUGCGGGCGUGCAAGCAUGGUGUUACGCAGGAGCAGCUGGAUCUUCACUGGCGGUAUGUUGGCUUCUAGAAACGGACAUGAUAGUGUAGACAGACAUCGCAGGAAGUGGCAAUGUUAGACCGUUCUCUGAUGCAUUCAGGCAAUGCAUAAUCAGUGAGUUCAUU